AUGACUUUCAUGUCAUUCAUUCGUGAUGAGCGGGUUGUUCUCCUUGGGAUCGGCGCCGCCACGUUCGGCAUGGUCACUAUGAUGACCCAGAUGCUGACGUUCAUCCGCGACGAAAACGAGGUGAAGCCAACACCGCCCAAGACACAGUACAUCACCCAGGAGACAGAGGAUGCGCUCGGCUUGGAGACUCUUGACAAGCUUCUCUGCCACCCCAACUUCUCCAUUCGGGAUAUCGCAAUCAAGAUCCUUUGCGACCGUGCUGUAAACGAUCCCGAUACCAUUCGUCAUCUACUCUAUGGCAUCACCCGGCCUGACUACGACACUCGCAUGCAGAGCCUUCGGGCUCUCGCAACGUUGACGGGUCAGACCAACGACUUCGCAGAGGGCUUGUCCAAACUGCAUACGUGGAGAGCGUACACGGCUCUUGUACGGUCCCUCGAGCUGAGUUUAAGCGACGUGGAGCACACGAAGCUCGACGAUAAGUAUUGGGACGAGUACUAUCUGCGCGAUAUGGCAGAGAGGUUUUGCCUCAUGUUCGUUCUCGAGCUGACCACGAAGUACGGGGCUGAAAUGCUGGUCAAGGCCAAGUUUGUGGAGAAGUGGCUAUCGAAACAGCCUUGGGGAGAAAGCGAGGCAGAGAUCCAGGAGAACUUCAUCUACUACAUGGAACAUAAGAACAACCGUAUCGUCGACAUUGUUACGAGAAUCGCGCACACCACUGCAGGAGCCAAGGCAAUCGUUGACUGCAAGUUGGCGUCCAAAACCAACUUCAACCUUACACCGGACGCGAACAUUGCUGGCUUUACGAUAGCGCUACAAUCAACGCUGUCCAAUGCAGAAGUCGAUGAAGGACAGCCGUCGAGAGAACACGUGCCUCGCACAAGAGAGCAUUCGGCAGAGGAGCAACGUCUCAGGCGUCAACAUCGCGAGGCCAUGGUGUUGAACGACGGCACACGACCGAUUGGUAGGGAUGAUAUCAUCGAGAGAAGUCACGACUCUCCGAGCUGA